UCUUAUUAAGUAUCUUAUAAGCUAACAUUUUUACUAUAAUGAUUUUAACCUCUUAAUUUGAAUAUCAUGAAGAAAAAAUGUUUCAAUAGACAAGAAAAUGUAACAGUAAUUGUAUGAUAAGGGAUUUUUGCUCUGUUUUUAGUUAAUUUCCUCAAAAUGUGCCAGUUUAUUUAGCUCAAUUCAAAGUAAGAAUCUUGGAAUUACAAUUUUUAUCCAUGUUGAAGAAUAAUACAGUCUCUGUUGAAAUUAAAGUGACAUUGGAAACAGCCAUUAUAUUUCAACACAUGGGAGCUCUGACAAUAUGUACAGUUGCUAUGUCUCAACAGAUUCCUCUAUUGGUCGGUGGUAGCAUUUCUGAGGCUAAUUGGUGGCGCCUAGGUCACAAGCCUGUGUGCUGGUUACAAGAGAGGCUUUGAAUGAGAGUGUUUGGCAUUUUCAGCUCCAACGGGAUGGGGAAAUGGUCUUUGCCCUUCAUCAAGACUUACGGUGCAGGGAAAUCCUCCAAACAUAGAGGGUUUCAGAUGCUUAGCAGCUAAAACAAGUGACAAAUGUCAGCUGCAUGCAACAGAAAACCUAGUUAUUUUCUCACAUAAUCAGCAGCUCAGAGAAGGCAGUUCAAGGCUGGGACAGAGACUCAACAAUGUAAUUGAUGUCAUUCUGUUUGUGUAGCAUGUUGGCUUAUUGCCUAAUGGAUCCAACGUGGCAACCCCAGCCAGCACGCCUCGGUUCAGGACAGGAAGGGAAGAAUGGAGCUGUGCCAACUGUGUCCUUUACCUUUUAUCAGGAAGGCAAAAGCUUUUCUAGAAACUCUUGACAGACAUCCACUUACGUCUCCUUGAUCAGAAUUGUCAUGAAGCCAACCCUGGAAAUGAGAGAAGCUCCUCCCCCAAAGUGGAAUUUUUUAAUAACAAAAAGGAAAAAAACGGAGAUAGAGUAAGCAAUGAGUACUGUUUCAAUCAACACUGAGCCCAAAAGGGUGAUUAAAAUCACCCACCUUCUCCCUCCAUGUUUCUCUAAUCUCAUGUAGUCUCGAAGCUAACCUCCUCACAGGGGCAGGACCUCUCAGUCCCCAGAGUGGGGUGGGUUUGCUGUGGAAGUGACGUUCAUAGGCUGCAGACAGUUCUUCUGAAGAGCCCCUGGCCCUCAUUCUCCUCAUUCUCCUCAUCUUCUGUGAUGUCACACUGGACUUCUUUCCUUCCACCCUGAGCUGUGGCUUCCGGGGCAGCUGUGGCCAUGGGGCUCCUGGAGCCAGCAGGGGAGAGAGAGCCUGGUGGCUCUGAUCUCCCCUGGGGGCACCAGUGGUCCAGCCAUGCCGGUCUUGAAGGAUGCCAUGCCCCUCAUGAAGGAGUCCCAUCCUCCGCCUCAGGCCCCACUUCCCUGGAUCCUCCCAAGCCUGUUUGCUGCCUUCAAUGUUGUGCUGCUGUUGGUUUUCAGCGGCCUCUUCUUUGCAUUCCCUUGCAGGUGGCUGGCCCAGAACGGGGAGUGGGCCUUUCCCAUCGUCACAAGUCUCCUCUUUUUGCUCACCUUCUUCAGUCUUGUUUCACUCAACUUCUCAGACCCCGGCAUCUUGCAUCAAGGCUCCAAUGAACAGGGGCCCAUGAUGGUGCACGUAGUAUGGGUGAACCACAGGGCCUUCCGCCUUCACUGGUGCCAGAAAUGCUGCUUCCACCGCCCACCCCGGACCUACCACUGCCCCUGGUGCAACAUCUGUGUGGAGGAUUUUGACCAUCACUGCAAGUGGGUCAAUAACUGCAUCGGUCACCGCAACUUCCGCUUCUUUAUGCUGCUCGUCCUGUCCCUAUGCCUCUACUCGGGCGCCGUGCUGGUCACCUGCGUGAUCUUCCUGCUGCGCACUACCCACCUGCCUUUCUCCAUAGACAAAGUCAUAGCCAUCGUGGUGGCUGUACCCGCCACCGGCUUCCUGGUGCCCCUCUUCCUGCUGCUGCUGAUCCAGGCCAUGUCGGUGAGCGCGGCCGAGCGCUCCUGCGAGGGCAAGUGCCGAUACCUGCAGGGAUACAACCCCUUCGACCACGGCUGUGCCAGCAACUGGUAUUUAACAAUUUGUGCACCGCUGGGACCCAAGUACAUGGCCGAAGCUGUCCGUAUGCAGAGAGUCGUAGAGCCCGACUGGGUGCCCAUGCAGAACCUGCACUUCCCGAUGUGCCCCGCCUCGCUCGGUCCCCCAGCCCUACCUGGGCCUGGGUCUGGCCACCAGCCCCAACCUCUGACUCUCUGCAAACCAGGAAAAGGUCCCCCAGGGAGUGGUGAGGCUGCAGCUCUCCAGGAGUUCCACGCAGGCCCAGUGUUGCCGCCCAUGCUGCGGGAGACUCCCCGACGAAGCUCGCCCCUUCACACCCGGCGAUGCCAGGAGCCCCUUCACCCAAACCUCACCUCCUGA